AAGGAGUCACAGAUAUCAGAUGUGUAAUUGUACGGGCAUUAUUAUCAUUUGAAUCUCAAAAACAACACUCCUCUCCUCUCUUCUCUCUCCAGCUGUCCUCUUCCCCACAACCACAGCUAUGCUCUCACUCUCGCUCUCUUCUCUCUCUGUUCUACUCCCCAUUCUAUUAUACGCCGCCGUCGCCACCGCUUCAGUUCAAUUCCUUAAGCUCCCGUUGCUCCACAGUUCUCAACAUCACAUUCAAACCUCCCUUUCCCAUUACCGCCACCAUCGCCACCGCCAAAACCUCAAAUCUCCUGUCAUUUCCGGGGCCUUCGCUGGUUCCGGUCAGUACUUCGUUUCACUUCAUAUUGGCUCACCUCCUCAAGCUCUGCUCCUCGUAGCCGACACCGGCAGUGACCUCAUUUGGGUCAAGUGCUCCGCCUGUCGCAACUGCUCUCUCCACUCUCCCCGAUCUACCUUUUUCCCUCGUCACUCUUCUUCAUUCUAUCCUCACCACUGUUUUCAACGCACCUGUCGCAAUCUCGCCCCUCCGCCUCAACCCAACCCCUGUAACCGUACCAAACUUCACAGCCCCUGCCGUUAUGAGUACCCAUACGCUGAUGGCUCACUUACAUCUGGAUUCUUCUCUCAAGAGAUAAUAACUUUUAAUACUACUACUUCUCAGCAACUUCAACUCAAACAUUUCAAUUUCGGAUGCGGCUUUCACAACUCCGGUCCCAGUGUCACCGGUGAGAGCUUCAAUGGAGCUAAUGGUGUAAUGGGCCUCGGUCGGGGCCCCAUUUCGUUUUCUUCUCAACUUGGUCGACGUUUCGGUAACAAGUUCUCUUACUGUCUAAUGGACUACACUCUCUCUCCAACUCCAACGAGUUUUCUAGUGAUCGGCAGUGAACAGAACGACGUCGUUGGUGUGAAUUCUAAAAUCAACUUCACUGCGUUGCUUGUUAACCCUUUAUCUCCUACAUUCUACUACAUUGGCAUCAAGAGCGUAUAUUUAAACGAUGUGAAGUUACCGAUCCACCCUUCCGUUUGGUCAAUCGAUGAGUUAGGCAACGGAGGCACGAUCAUUGACUCGGGUACUACUUUGACGUUGUUGGCGGCUCCAGCAUACCGUGAAAUAUUGGCUGCAUUUAAACGGCAAGUGAAGUUACCGAGUCCAGCUGAGCCGAUUCAAGGGUUUGAUCUAUGCGUGAAUAUUUCUGGCACAUCGAGACCGAGUUAUCCUAAACUGAGUUUCGAAUUGGUUGGCGGCUCGGUGUUGAGGCCUCCGCAAGGGAAUUAUUUCAUUGAAACGAGUGAGCUGGUGGAGUGUUUGGCGAUGCAACCCAUUAACCAGGAGUCUGGGCCUUCGGUGAUUGGGAAUCUGAUGCAGCAAGGAUUUUUGUUUGAGUUUGAUAGGGACAGAUCGAGGCUCGGAUUUUCCCAUCAUGGUUGCGCCAUACGCUGAGUUCAUGAGCUCCAUCAAACCAACAACGCAAUGCACCCAGUCAAACAAUAGCAAGACCAUGGUCUUUUGAUGCGACAAGUGGGAGAGCUCUACUUGGAUAUCAAUACCAACAGAUUCGACUUGGAAAGGCAAGUUUAUGGCCCAUGUGUGGGUGGUGGUGGAGUCCUCAAAGCAAUGGAAGCGAGGGAAGCAGUUGAGAAUGAUAACGCGUGAGGAAGUUGUGGUGGGGUAAAGAUUGCAAUGGGAAAGGGCAGGACAAGGAUGGUUAUCUUCAUCCUCAUUCAUGUAGGAUGGGACACCUCUUCGCCAUCGUCUUGUUCCCACUAUAAGAAUUAUGGUAUAUUUUUCUCCCUUUUUUCACCUAUUCAUAUCCCUUCCGUGUA